AUGACGACAGGAGCUGCGAUGCUGCUGGGGGAGUCGUCUCUUCCAGCUGCAGAGUUGUCGGUGGUUCUGCUUCAGCUGGUCCACCUGUCUCUGGAAGAUGGAGUUCACUUCCCACUCAGACUUGAGGCUAUCAGAACCUAUAACAGCAUCCUGGAGUCCAUCAGCCGACAAGAGAGGAGACUGAUCCAGAUGGACCAGAACCAGACCCGGAUACUGUCUCAGGUGGCAGCUGCAGUCCUGACUGUUGGAGAUUACGAGUUCCAGGUCAGCCUAUCGGAGGCGCUGUGCCGCCUGACGCCUCACAGAGGGCGUGAGCAGAGAGCCAAUCAGUGGUUCUCUGACAGUAACAUCAGCUCCGCCUUCUGUGACAUCAGAGACUCUGACUUUGAGGUGGACUGCAGGCGAUUCCUAAACUUUGUUAAUGGUUCCCAUGGAGACGAGAGGAGAGUUUAUUCGCUGCCCUGCCUGCAGGCCUUCCUCAGCUCCACCCAGUUGUUCCGACCCAAAGACGACAAGCUGGACGAGUUCUGGAUAGAUUUUAACGUGGAUUCAGGAUGUGUCAGCUUCUUCAUUGAUGAUCCUCAGGCUUUCCUGUGGGGCUCCAUCCAGCUGCUGCGUGAGGACAUCCACUGUUACGAUCUGCAGGUCAAAGAUCACGAGACGGUCCUCAGAGUUAGACUGAUCAAUCCCAUCAUGCACGGGAACAUCAGAGGCUACAUGGUGGCGCUGACCUUCAGGGCUGAACACCAGAGGGAGCUGGAGGAGGCAGCAUGGAGAGUCUUCAAGAAAGCGGCGAGUUCAACAGGUGGAGGUGAGGUGGUCCAGAACUCCCCCUCUGCAGAGCGACGCGUGGGUCGAUCGUACAGCCGGAAGAAACCCCAAAGCAAGAGUCAGCUGAAGAUUUUACCGCUGUCCUCCCCGAGCAGUGAAGACGAAUGCUCCUCCUUGAAGGUCGCUGCAACAAGCCGAGCUGAAUUUCUCUUUGAUGGGAUCCAACAUUCUACUCCUAAAACCGGCGGUGGUUUCCAGCCAACGUUUGAUCCCACAGACGUCUCAGAGGCUCACCUGUCCAGCGAGGAGCCCCCCCCUUUAGAUGACCACCAAGCAGAGAAACAUCCUCAAAUUCCAGAUGAGAGCGGGGGACACGAAGAAGGAAGCUCCCCCUCUAAGAAGGAAAGUCUGCGGAAGAGAGAAGCUGCAGAUUCAGGCUACCUGUCAGACCAAACUCAGGGAGUCACACCCAGUAAAAAGAAGGUGGAGCCUGCAGCAGAACAGGCGGAGUCUUGCUCACCAGUAAAAGGAUCAGAGGGAGCUGCCGACUGUGAGGGGGUGUGGCCACCUGUGGCAGACCAAGAACUGGAUCCAGAGUCGCACCUGACGUCCGACAUCACUGCUGCAUUGAUGUCCUUCAGAGCCCAGCUGGAGCAGCACUUCACCGGUUCCUGGUCGAGGGUGGAAGGUGAUGUUCUAUCGUCUCUAAAAGAGUUUCAGCAACACGUCUCCUCACUGCUCACAGCAGUGCAUCAGCAGAGGUUGUUGCUGCUGCAGCAGUUUGAAAACAACGUCGUUGGUCAACUGAAGCAACUGGAAGAGAACUACAGGAACCUGAACUCCAUGAAUUCACAGAUCCUGACCUUCUUCCAAUCUGAGAUGAAGCGCCUCAGUUCGUUCUGCGAGGAACACCUAAAAAAGUUGAAGACUUUGGAAAGUGACCAGCUGAGGACUGGAGAAUCAUCCAACCAUUAGGAAGUCGCCCCUACAGCAGAGCAGAGAUGAUCUCAGAUGUUCUCUGCUUCAUGGCCAAUGAGAAGGAUGUCCAGGAUCUUCUGUAAUCAUUUUGUUUCUCAUCAAUUCUGUUCCAAACAAUUAAAGACUCAAACUGAACGCUGGUGUGGAUGUUGGUUGCUGUUGGUUGCCAUGGUGAUGGUUUGGGGGGGGUGUACCGACUCUAGGUAUCCAGCAGAUGGAGACAGUGGCUCAAAGUCAGAAAAGCUGCAGGUGAGAGAAGCUGAAGUGUGAAGGAAGUGCUCUGGUACCCCCAACCGGGCAGCAGGGGGCAGCAGGGUUCCCACAUUCCCACUGAACUGGACUGGGUUUAAUGGGUUUAAUCAACCAUCCAUCCUCUGACUGA